CUUCGUAAGCUUUCAAUACUUAAAAUUCACUAGGGGUUUUGUAAAGGGUUAAGCCAUGAGGAGGCAUCAAGGAAGAAAGAAAAUCAAGAAGUUCAAUGGAGAGAAAAGGAGAAUGGGGAAUAGAAAAGGCUUCAAGAGGCCCAUAAAUGAAGUUGGGGGAAGGGUUCGAGUCCUAAGAAGGCUUGUCCCAAAUGGGGCAGCCUUUGGGUCUAGAUGGGCUUCUCAGAGACACGGCAACUUAUAUCAUGCUGAAGCAUCGAGUGAGGAUCUCGGUUGCCUUGUUCGCGUUGCUUUUUCAAGGUUUCCUCCCAUGGCGUCGUCUUCUUCAUCAUCACCGGCUACAUCAUCGUCGUCAAUAGUAACGACGGAGAGGAGAGGAAUUCCGGCAGCUCAAUUCGUAGAAGAUGUCGAGACCUAUCUUUCUCAAUCUGGAUUCGACGUCAACUCUGCCCUCGCUUUCCUCCAAGAAAGACUUCAGCAGUAUAAGCUGGUCGAGAUGAAACUUCUUGCUCAGCAACGCGAUCUUCAGGCAAAGAUCCCUGACAUUGAGAAGUGCUUGGAUGUAGUUGCUACAUUACAAGCUAAGAAGCGUACUGGUGAGGCACUUAUUGCUGAUUAUGAAGUCUCUGAAGGCAUCUAUUCACGUGCUCGCAUUGAGGAUACAGAGUCAGUGUGUUUAUGGCUUGGAGCAAAUGUCAUGUUGGAAUAUUCAUGUGAAGAGGCCACUGCACUUCUAGAAAAGAAUUUGGAGAAUGCUAAAUCAAGUUUAGAAGUUCUUAUUGCUGACCUACAGUUUUUGAGGGAUCAAGUGACAAUAACCCAGGUAACUAUCGCUCGAGUGUAUAAUUGGGAUGUUCAUCAGCGCAGAAUUCGACAAGCUGCUGCUGCGUCCAAGGAUUCAUGAGUUAACAAUGCCAUCCUCUAAUUCAGAGAUUGGGAGAAUUUUUUGUUGCCAAGUUGAGAGUAUGGUCCUCUCCUUUCCUCUCAUUUCUUCAUAUUUGGUGUGUGGGUUGUCUCUGUAUUCUCUAGUGAUGUAAUUUUAUUUAACUUGGUCUAAGGUCUCGCUAUAGCUACGACACCAUCAAGUUCCAAAUUUGUGUUCAUUGGAUCGGAUAGAAGAAAACAUUAAAUUACUAGGUGCAGGUUUUGAUUUACGCUAUAACUUUGGAAAACAAAUGGAGUAUCCCUUUUUGCUGCAAUUUUUAUGCUAUUAUUCCGGGUUUUGUUUUGUUUUUUUUUUUUAAAAUUCUCACGCACUCUGUAACUUGUGUUAUGAUCUAGUUGGCAAAUUUUAAUUAAUAUUCUCAUUUUGG